AUGGACGACACCUCCUCUCUGGGCAAAGUGAGCGGCUCCACUGAAUCCGUGGCCACCGUCACCAGCGAGGAGUUUGUGCUGGUGCAGCCGUCCGCCGGAGGAUCCCCCUCGGGCUCAGAGGGCAAGCCCAGACUCAAGAAGAGGAGAUUAGUGGAGGAGCAGCAGCAGAGGAGAAACAGAGACUUUUCAGGAGUCAUUGACCUCCACAGUCCCGGUCCACAGAUACGACCCCAGGGCUUUGCGCUGGACCCCACACCUGCAGUGGAGUCAGUGUGUCCUCCCGCAGGGCAGGGCAGUCCUCCAGUCCAGGAGGAGGACAGUGUUCAGUUCAGUAAGCUGUCCUACCUGGGCUGUACGUGGGUGAAGGCCCCUCGCAGCGAGCCUGAGGCCCUGAGAGCCAUGACCACGCUGCGGGCAGAGAGUGCCAUCCCAAUUCCCAUCACCCUCCAUGUGCCCAAUGUACCCGAGGGCUGCGUCAGGAUCGUGGACCAGGCAUCGGGCACGGAGAUCGCUUCUUUCCCUAUCUACAAGGUGCUGUUCUGCUCCCGGGGUCGCGAGGGCUCCAUGGAGAGCGACUGCUUCUCCUUCACUGAGAGCUACCGUAGCUCUGAGGAUUUUCAGAUCCACGUCUUCUCCUGCCAUAUCAAGGAAGCUGUGAGCCGGAUACUGUACAGUUUCUCCACAGCGUUCCGCCGCUCCUCCAAGCCAGCCCCUGACGUGAGGGACUCGGCCCUGCCCCUCUCCCCCGACAGUGACCUCUUCAGCUUCACAGUCUCACUGGAGGUGCGGGAGGACGACAGCAAGGGAAACUAUAGCCCAGUUCCCAAGGACCGGGACAAGUUCUACUUCAAGCUGCGGCAGGGCGUGCAGAAGAAGGUGGUGGUCACGGUCCAGCAGAUGAGCAACCAAGAGCUGGGCAUUGAGAGGUGUUUUGGGAUGUUGCUGAGCCCAGGGCAGAAGGUUCGGAACAGUGACAUGCAUCUUCUAGACAUGGAGUCCAUGGGGAAGAGCUCGGAUGGAAAGUCGUAUGUGAUCACGGGCACAUGGAACCCCAACAUGGCUGCCUUCCAGGUGCUGAAUGAAGACACACCUAAAGAUAAGCAGGUGUACAUGACCGUUGCGGUGGACCUGGUGGUGACUGAGGUGGUGGAGCCGGUGCGCUUCCUGCUGGAGACCCUGGUGCGCGUCUACCCGGCCAAUGAGCGCUUCUGGUACUUUAGCCGCAAGGCCUUUAGCGAGACCUUCUACCUCAAACUCAAACAGGGUGGUGAGAAGGGUGGCCAGGGUGAUGCCAUGUUGGAGGUGGUGAGCCUGCAGAAGGAGACUGAGAGGAGCAACGGGGGACGAGGCCGUCUGGCCUCUCCGGCUGAGGAAGAGGAGCCUGAGGAAGAUAGUGACAGCGAGAUCUCCAGUGGGACCGGCGACGUGUCCAAAGACUGCCCUGAGAAGAUUCUGGAGUCCUGGGGUGGAAUCCUCAACAGAUGGCAUGGGAACCUGUCUGUGCGGCCUAAGGGCCUGACGGCGCUGGUGAAGCCUGGGGUCCCUGAGGCCCUCAGGGCUGAGGUCUGGCAGCUCCUCUCAGGCUGCCAAAGUGACCAGGACCUGCUGGAUAAAUACCGCAUUCUCAUCACCAAGGACUCUGCCCAGGACGGAGUGAUCACCAGAGACAUCCACCGGACGUUCCCUGCUCARGACUACUUCAAAGACACUGAUGGAGACGGGCAGGAUUCCCUUUACAAGAUCUGUAAGGCCUAUUCAGUCUACGAUGAGGAGAUUGGCUACUGUCAGGGACAGUCUUUCCUGGCUGCUGUACUACUACUGCAUAUGCCUGAGGAGCAGGCAUUCUGUGUGCUGGUGAAGAUCAUGUAUGAGUACGGCCUGAGGGAGCUCUACAAGAAGAACUUUGAGGACCUGCACUGCAAGUUCUACCAGCUAGAACGACUGCUUCAGGAGCAGCUCCCAGACCUGUGGUCUCACUUCCAGGAGCUGAGCCUGGAGGCCCACAUGUAUGCGUCUCAGUGGUUCCUCACACUCUUCACCGCCAAGUUCCCCCUCUGCAUGGUCUUCCACAUCACCGACCUGCUACUGUGUGAGGGCCUGAACAUCAUCUUCAAUGUGGCGCUGGCUCUUCUCAAGACGUCUAAGGAAGACUUGCUCCAGGCUGACUUUGAGGGAGCACUGAAGUUCUUUAGGGUCCAGCUGCCGAAGCGCUACCGGGCUGCGGAGAACGCUCGCAGGCUCAUGGAACAGGCCUGUAGCAUCAAGGUGCCCACCAAGAAGCUGAAGAAGUUUGAGAAGGAGUACCAGACCCUGAGAGAGAGCCAGCUGCAGCAGGAGGACCCCAUCAACCGCUACCAGUCUCGGCUCAGAGAGGAGAACCGUCGUCUACAGGAGCCAGCCCAAUCGCGUCUUGGCACGCAGGAGAACGAUGACCUGGCCCACGAGCUGGUCACCAGUAAGAUCGCCCUGCGGACCGACCUGGACCAGGUGGAGGACAAGGCAGACGUGCUGAACAAGGAGCUGCUCUGCACCAAACAGCGCCUGGUGGAGACGGAGGAGGAGAAGAGGAGGCAGGCGGAGGAAACCGCACAGAUCAAAGAGGUGUUCAGGAGAGAGCUGGAGAAAGCUGAGUCGGAGAUCAAGAAGACCACGGUCAUCAUCACUGAAUACAAACAGAUCUGUUCUCAGCUCAGCACCCGGCUGGAGAAGCAACACGCUGUCACCAAGGAGGAGCUGGACKUCAUCAAGAGUAAGGUGAUGGCGUGUGAGCGCUGCAGGGAGGUGUUCAGUAAAGAAGGUCCUCUGCAGAUACCCCCUCCCAGCAGAGACAACAGGGACAGUGAGCUGGAUGAGGAGAAGGACUCCCUGAAGGCCCAGCUCAGAGAACUGGAGCUAGAGCUGGCCCAGACCAAACUACAGCUAGUGGAGGCCAAGUGCAAGAUGCAGGAGUUGGAGCACCAAAGGGGCAUCCUGAUGAACGAGAUCCAAGCGGCCAAAAACUCCUGGUUCAGCAAGACCCUGGGCUCCCUGAAAAGCUCCGGGGGCAGCGCCUCCCAGUCCCAGCCCCCCUCCUCCCCCAAAGAGGGGCCCCCGUAAUCCCCUACAGAGACCAACCUGUCUGGGGGGGGGGUCUACUACAGUAUGCACAGGAGAACAUAUGAACACUAGCUAAAUACCACCUGAGACAAUGCAGUAUUUCGUUUCCGGGGAAGGGAAGGGAAGGGAUAGCCACAGAACAAAGUUCGUCCUCGACACAUCUUCCUCUCUCUCAAGCCACUCCACUGGACCAGCCACCCUCAGUCACUUCUUCAAUUCAGCUUUGAUGAGACUUGACUGUGUCACGUGUCAUCCUUCGUGGUGUGUGAAACCAAGAUGGYGAAUGACUGAUAAAUCUAGUGGGUUGUCAUUUACACUGUAGGCCAGGGCUCAGAAUUCUCUUCAGCAAAAUGGGGUCUUUGAAGUGAGAGGAUAGCAGAGUACUAUAGGAACUCUGUAGGUCCUUAGCAGCGCCAUAGUGGACAUUCACUACAGCAACGCCACCUAGUGGUUAUGUAUCGCUACUGCUGGGUUUAGCUUAUCAGCAGGAUAUGUGGCUAACUGAUAGGCUGAGAACUUUAACAAACCUAAAUGCUUUGGCAGUCUUGACCCCGACUUGCAAGGAUUGCGAAGCAGUUACCGGCAGUAGUUUACCUUCUUCAUUUUAGGAAUAUAUAUUCGCUGCUUAAAAAAAGGAAACUACUUAUACAAGCAUCUUUUGCAUAACAUAUCUUUACCGCAUUCCAAAAGCGGAUACUACAUUCAGAAUCUAAAAACAAAAUCUUGUUUGUUCUUUACAGUAAUAUUACAUAAACUAUGUUGUCCUAUAAAUAUGUCUAACUAAUUAUUGGUCAUUUUUAAUCUUGUACAGUUCUAAAACAAAAAAGGAAGAAGUGCCCUGUACAUAUUUUUUUUUUUUUUACUGUUUAGAAUCUGAAUGURGUCUUUGUAGAUGUUGACAUAAUUAAGCACAGUGUGUAAGGUCUGAGUCAAGUUCAUCUCUGUUAACCCAGAAGUCAAAUCYUAGGUAAACUGCGUGACUAACGUCUGUGUCCACGCGUUUUGGAAAUGGAGCGUUCCCGGUAAGAACGAGGUCUCCGUCCUCGCUUAAGGAAACUCUUGGGCCAAAGAGUUUUAACCGGAAGCCCGGAGGUAACCUAACUAAUGUGAUGGCUACAGUACGUUUUAGGUAGGAAUGGACCCCCCCCCCCCCCCCCCCCCCCAUCUCUUUUGGCAGCAGUAUCUGACUCUACUUUGCUGCUUUAACUGGACCCAACAGCUACUUUACAAAGCCAGACACUCCCUAACCAUGUCCUGUGAAUUGGGCAGUAUAAUGUACUACAGACACGGUUUCCUAUUGCAUAUGAAACGUCAUGACGAUCCAAUUAAAUCGCACAAUAGUAUUUCACACCUCUGAUGAUCAUUUGAUGAUGAGGUGAACAACAUUCCAAAACGUCUAUCCAAGCCAAGGUGCCCAUGUGGUUAACUAAUAUGUUGGAAACUCUCUUAAUAUAAAUGCCAUGUGGUUAACUAAUAUGUUGGAAAGCCUUUCUCAAUAGCAAUGCCAUGUGGUUAGCAUAUGUUGGAAAGCCUCUCAAUAGCAAUGCCCAUGUGGUUUAGCAUAUGUUGGAAAGCCUUUCUCAAUAGCAAUGCCCAUGUGGUUUAGCAUAUGUUGGAAAGCCUUUCUCAAUAGCAAUGCCCAU